CUCCUGGGCUCAAGUGAUCUUUCCACCUGGGACCCCCAAAGUGCUAGGAUUACAGGCGUGAGCCACCCCACCUGCAAUGUUAAUCAUAGUGAUUCAUGGUGCUACUGUGCAUCAGUCUGUUUUAAGCUCCUUAUAUAAAUUAUGUCCUUGAGUCCUCAGAGCAGCCCUAUAAGAUAAGAACUGAGGAAGCCGAGGCCCGGAGUAGUUAAGGGACUUGCCUGAGGUUGCACAGCCAGGAAGUCGCAGCGCUGGGUUGGAAAUCCAGGAAGCCCAGCUGCACAGUGUGAUUUUGCUAAACAGCUGAAUGGGGGCCCAGGGCUGGAAAAGCAGCCACCCAAGGCUUCAGGCAUUGUGCCCCUGUCCCAAGACCUGUGUUUCCUGGUCCCCACAGCUCACACACCGAAGGCCCAGCCCCCGUGUCCCCCACUGGGCUGGGAGGAGGUGUGGGAACCCAGCAGGUUUGGGUUUACUCUUUUCUCCCCUGCUGUGGGUUCACAGAGCCACCGCCCAGGCUGCCCGGAUGGGGAAAGUGAUUAAAAGCUGGUCGGAGCACCCAGACUCCACUCUCCAGACAGCAGGGUCAACUGCCCAGGACCCUGAGCCCAGGCCUAGACUGACAGACGGACGCACGGACAGGCAGAUGCCCCUUGGCUGGCUAGCCGCUCUCCUGAGCCUGCUUAGUGGGGUCCCGCUACCCAGGGGCUCCGGGGGGCCUGGAUUCCAGCCCUGGGCUGCAGCCAAUGAGACCCCGGCUCUGGACCGAGGGGCCCCGGCCCCCCAGGUGCCGGCCCCUGCCCUUGGCAGCUGGAAGGCCUUCUUGGGGCUGCAGAAAACCAGGCGGCAGGAGACAGACGCCCUGCAGCGCAGGCAGGAGGUGGCCACUGCCCUGUCUCUGCCGCUGGACCCGCAGGAAGCCACCCAGGAGAUGUGUAAGGCUGUGCCCUUCAUUCAGGUCCUCUCCCGACCAGGCUGCACGGCCGCCCGCGUCCGCAACCACCUGUGCUUCGGCCGCUGCUCCUCCCUGUACGUCCCCAGCUCGGACGCCGCGCCCGCGCCCACAGUCCUCUGCAGCCGCUGUGGGCCCUCCCGCCGGCGCCGGGCCCCCGUGCUCCUGUGGUGUCGCAGCGGCAGCCCGGCCGCCCGGCGGCGGCGGGUGAAGAUCUCCGCGGAGCUGGUCGAGGGGUGCCGGUGCGGCCCGGAGGCCUGAGCACGGGCACCGAGACGCCACG